AUGCCUAGAUUAAGACUACUCCAGCUAAAUAAUGCAAGGCUCAGAGGAGACUAUGAAGAAUUCCCUAGGAAGUUAAGAUGGUUGUGUUGGCAUGGGUUCCCUUUAGAUUCUAUACCCAGUGGCCUUCAUCUGGAGAGUCUGGUUGCCCUUGACAUGCGCAAUAGCAGCUUGAAACAAGCUUGGAAUGGAAACAAGCUCGAGAAGUUUCCUACAGAGCUGGGCCAGAUGGAGUCUUUGAAAAUGCUUCUUGCAGACGGGAUUGGCAUAAAUCAAUCACCCUCCAUGACUACUGGGGUAAGAUCAUGGCCUUCAUACUUCCGGGAUUGGCUAUUGGGACCAAGAAGAAGUCCAGAAUCAAUCAGCUUUUCAUUGUGUUCUUUACCACGCUCAUUAUCAGUCUUGGGUCUUGCUGGCUGCAACCUAUCAGAUGGUGCUAUUCCAAAGGAUAUUGGCAGCCUAUCCCUGUUGCAGAGGUUGGAUCUAAGGAACAAUCCGAUCUGUAUACUACCAGAGAGUGUGAAGUUUCUCACUAUGCUCCGGUCACUCUCUCUAGACAACUGCACAACACUUCAGUUACUUCCGGAGCUUCCAAUGAGUUUAAGGAGUUUGGAUUUAUUCGAAUGCAGGUCAUUGGAAAUGAUAACAAAUCUACCAAACCUGUUGGAUUCACUGUAUUUGUAUAUAACUGACUGUGACAAACUAACUGAGGUUCAAGGGUUGUUCAACCCAUUGGAAACUUUUAUGAAGUACUGAUCAGCAGUUUGGGCUUGCCCAACUUGGAAUUCCUGAGAAAUAUUGAAGUGUUGUUGGUCAAUAACCUAACGUCGACCGAAGAAAAGUUCCCCUUCAGGGAUUGUAUGAAUUCAGUAUAUUCAGCACUUUUCUCCCUGGUAGUGAAGUUCCAGGCUGGUUCAGCAUGAAGAGCAUGGGAUCUUCAAUAUGUUUUAAGGUACCUUCAUUUCCUAAUUUCAAGAUCCAAGGCUUCAAUGUAUGUGUUGUCUAUGCACAAACUAGUAAUCCGAAGGUUACAAAUUGGUAUGAGUUUUUCAUGAUUAAAGUGAGUAAUUGGACAAAGGAUCUGAAGUGGGCAUACAGCCCAACAUUCAUGUGCAUUCCAGAUGACGGGAAGGAGAUGGUAUGGUUAAGCCAUUGGAAUUUUGGGAAUCAAUUGGAAGCUGGCGAUGAAGUGAAUGUUCAGUCUCUUUGCAGGUGUCUCAUAAGCUAAAGGACUUUGGAAUUCAUGUUGUGUUUGAGGAUGAAGAGAAGGGUACCCCAUACCACACCUAUCUUUUUUGUCAAAAUGUUAAUAAGAGUAAUUUGUAUCAGUUGACGACAGGCGCGUACUUCCUCUGCCAUCAUCGUUUUGGCAUCCAUUUACGCCAUACGGUUGACGGUGAUCGAAAUACCUUUAUUACUUGGUGACUCUGAAGGGGUGGCUACUGGCUCCUGUACAUCUACUGUUACUGCAUUUGUGUUUCUAUUGAUGACCACGUAUAUUAACACAACAUACUCCAAAGCGCUACUGCUAUGGAGAAAUUAACUGCCCCCACUCUUAUAAAAUUCUCAAAAAGACUCGUUUACCAAGAUAAAGUUCAAUAGGACCCAUAUAUGUUCUUUUUCUUGGACCUCAAAAUUUUUUUUUUAUUUUUUAUAAAUAAAAUAAAAAUCAUUAAGCCUUC